GUCAAAAAUGUCCCAAAUUAAAGACAAAGGCCCAGCAAUAAGAGUCGGCAAGUUAGAUAAGUCUGAUAAAAGACCUCAUUCCAGCUACCAGCAUCGUAAAUUCAGUAAAAGUGAUCUGAAUCUGAUUGGCAAAUAAAGGAAGAGAAGAACUCAAGAAGAUCCUACACGAUGUUCAUGGGGAUAAACCUGUAUUUGAAUUCCCAGUGUUAUCUUUUGACAGAGAAAAUGAGAGGCUUAACGUCUCAAUAGAUCAACUGAACUCUCAAUACAAAACUGUCGGCAAGAAGCUAUGGAAAUAUAUCAGCAAGGACAUACUAGACAAAUACAAGCCUGUUGAGAAAGUUUAUGCAAUUAACCUCUGCUACAGUAGGAGGAAGUACCUGGCAAAUGAAAAGAAGAUCCUUUCUAAGUUUACAUAUGGAAAAUAUGUACAGGAAAAUCAAGGAGCAAAUCAUAUACAUCAUAAGAAAAAGAGUAAAGGUAGAAGAAAGCUUAACCCUAAGGGCAUCAGAGAUCUCGGAUCAGGAAAUAGAAGAAAUUCUAGAAGAGGCAGCAUUAACCUUAAGUUUAUGGAAGGAAGUAAUUAUAGACGCGAUUCUAGUUCUGGGAGUGCAAGAGCUUACAGAUUGAGUAAAGAUUUUGGGAAUUCAAAAGCUGGUGAAAAAGACUUUUCUUCAGACAAUAACUCAGAUUUUUCAAAAGAUCACUCGAGGACAGCUGAGGAAGUCUUUCCAAAAUCUCAUCAAAACCCUAAUGAUGAAGAGCAAAGUGUUGUUCAAGAGUUGGAUGAUGAAGACAAUAUUUCUGACCAAUUAAGUCAAAAAUAAGCUCUCUAGAAGAAAAUCAUUGAGAAAAAUUGGAUUCAAACUAAAAAGAAGAAAUAGUUUCAAAAAGCAGGCCUCUCCAAUAUCUAGAGACACCCUUCUCAGAAGUAAGGAAGAUACUGGAUCUCUAAUAAAAUUACAAAGAACAACCCUUGAUGAGAAGAUGAAACUUAAAUAAAAACUCCCCUUCUAAGGCCUCUAUAUCAAAAGUUGGGAAUAGGAAAACUAAAUUGUUUUCCAACCUACAUGAUAUAAGAUAUCUUAGCUCUUUAGGCCAUAAACAGAAAAUUCCUGAGCUUCCAAAAUCAGUCUUUCCAAAAUCAAGGCUAAACUCAUUAAAGAAGCGAGAGAGGCCUUUAACUGCAGCUCAUUCAGGUCACAGAAGAUGCCACAGCAGGGCUACGAAUAAAUCAAAAAGUCCUCUGAAGAUUCAAAAAUCUAUCAAGAGUGAUUACUGGGAUGGAUACCCCACACAUCACAAGAAGUCGAGACAAAGCAAUAGUGCUUUUGAUAAGAGAUCAUCAUCCAUGAAGAAAAGACUUCAUGAAAUCGAGAAAACCAUGCUGGGAUAAAACAAUAGUGUUAAUAAAUUU